AGAAACAGACACCUCAAUCUUUCUCUAUGCCUCUGACAGUUACUCUUCUUCAACUACUUAAUUGAAACCUAGGAGAGGCCAAAGCCUCAAAGCUCACAUAGCAAUCUCUCUCUCUCUCUCUCUCCCCACAUAGAAUGGAGAUAGAAUCAGAGACCCAACAAGAAGAAGAACAGAAGCAUUUCCAUGUCUUGGCCGUUGAUGAUAGUUUCAUUGACAGGAAGCUUCUAGAGAAACUCCUCAAGGUUUCUUCUUACCGUGUGACAUGUUUGGAGUCUGGUGAUAAAGCUUUGGAGUAUUUGGGGCUUAAUGCCAUUAAUAAUAUCGGUGUUGAUGAUUUUAAUGACUCCUCUUCAUCCCCAUCAUCAUCAUCAUCAUCUUCACAACACAAGGGAGUGAAGGUAAACUUGAUCAUGACAGACUACUGUAUGCCCGGGAUGAGCGGCUAUGAUUUGCUCAAAAGAGUCAAGGUAGGAUCAUCGUCAUGGAAGAAUGUUCCUGUUGUGGUCAUGUCAUCAGAGAAUGUACCCUCCAGAGUGAGCAUGUGUUUAGAAGGAGGGGCAGAAGAGUUUCUGCUGAAGCCAGUUCGGUUGUCUGAUGUGAAGAAGAUUCACCCUUACAUCCUCAGAUCACUUCCCCUCUCUUCCCGAUCCACAGAUGUCAUCAAUGAAGACGACAUUUGCCUUGACGGCGAUGAUAACAUCUCUAGUGACAAUCAUAGCAAGAACAAGAUCAAGAAAAAGAGCAAUGGGUCUAGCAAAAGGAAAGCCAUGUCGAUUGAUCCGCCGGAGAAGAGAGCCAAGAACGACAGGAUGGCUUCCACCGUGUGAUGAUCUCUCGUUUGCUGACUGUAUAGCCCAAGUGGAUGGCUCAAAACGCAGCGUUUUCACCCUCGUGCUUCUUCUGUGCCUCUUGUAAACCACUUUUAAGACAAGUAGCUGUUUUCCACGGUUUUAACAUUGCAAAACGCAUAACUAUAGUCGUUAUGAUCUUUGAUCAGCGUCUGAUUUCAUC